AUGGAUGCUUUCAAUGAUUGCAGAUAUGCAGAAGCAGGUGGGUGUAGAAGCAUUGUUAUGCUCUCAAACUCUCUGAUUGUCUGGUUCGGGCAAACCAAAAUAUGUGAAUUCCUAACAAAAGAUGGUUUGCAGGAUCAUUCUUCACAACUUUCCAUGAAAAGAGAUAAUAGUCUUGAGCCCUCGGGCAGUCCUCGUCAUCGAAAGGUGUCAGCAAGAUGGGAUCCAGAUGAACCAUACAGGCCUGAGAUUGAUGAUGCUCCAGUGUUCUAUCCAACUGUUGAGGAGUUUGAAGACACACUUGCCUACAUAGAAAAAAUUCAUGCUGAAGCUGUAUCAUUUGGUAUAUGUCGGAUUGUUCCACCACCUUCUUGGAGACCACCUUGUCCCCUUAAAGAGAAAGAUAUAUGGGAACAUGCUAAAUUUUCUACAAGAAUUCAACAAGUUGAUUUACUUCAAAAUAGGGAGCCAAUGAGAAAGAAAAGUAGAAGUCGAAAACGGAAGCGGAGAAGGCAUUCUAGAAUGGGAGCCACUAGAAGAUGUGCCAAUUCUGGUUCUGAAUCUAUUGUUACUUCCGAGACUAAUGAGAAGUUUGGCUUUAAUUCAGGAUCAGACUUCACACUUGAAGAAUUCCAGAGAUAUGCAGAUGAAUUUAAGGAGACAUACUUUCAAAGGGACUGUAGUGAGGAUUUAAAGCCUAGCAUGAAUGAAUGCAGGAAAUGGGAACCGUUUUGGGAGGAUAUUGAAGGUGAAUACUGGAGGAUAGUUGAGCAGCCAAAGGAUGAGGUUGAGGUAUAUUAUGGAGCUGACUUGGAAACAGGAACAUUUUGCAGUGGCUUUCCUAAGGCGUCAUCUAUGUUAACCGGAAAUGAUACAGAUAAAUAUGCAAUGUCAGGUUGGAACCUAAAUAAUUUCCCGCGCCUACAAGGUUCAGUGUUAUCUUUUGAAGGAUGUGAUAUAUCUGGAGUUCUAGUACCAUGGCUCUAUGUGGGGAUGUGCUUCUCAUCAUUUUGUUGGCAUGUUGAGGACCACCAUCUGUAUUCACUAAACUAUAUGCACUUUGGUGAUCCAAAAAUAUGGUAUGGAGUUCCCGGGAACCAUGCUUCAUCUUUGGAAGCUGCAAUGAGAAAGCAUUUGCCUGAUUUGUUUGAAGAACAACCUGACUUACUUAAUGAAUUGGUUACUCAACUAUCUCCUUCAAUUCUGAAAGCUGAGGGUGUACCUGUCUAUCGAGUCGUACAACACUCGGGGGAGUUUGUUCUUACCUUCCCGAGGGCGUACCACUCAGGAUUUAAUUGUGGCUUCAACUGUGCAGAGGCAGUGAAUGUUGCUCCUGUUGAUUGGCUAGAAAAUGGCCAGCUUGCAGUUGAGCUCUACAGUGAGCAGCAUCGCAAGAUAUCACUGUCCCAUGACAAGCUGCUCCUCGGUUCAGCACGGCAAGCCAUCCGAGCUCUCAGGGAGUUACAUGUUCUUGGCAAUGAAACUCCAGGAAACUUGAGGUGGAAAAGUGUAUGUGGGAAGGACGGGAUGCUUACAGAGGCAGUUAGGAUGAGAAAGCAGAUGGAAGAAGAAAGAGUAAAUUGCCUUCCACCUUAUAUACCUGUACGAAAGAUGGAAAAAGACUUUGAUUUGGAAAGUGAGAGGGAAUGUUUCUCUUGUUUCUAUGACUUGCAUUUAUCUGCCUGCAGCUGCAAAUGCUCUCCCAAACGAUUUGCUUGCCUGAAACAUGUAAAGGAUUUCUGCUCAUGCCAAGUUGAAGACAAAUUUGUCAUGCUUCGCUAUACCGUUGAUGAACUGCAAAUUCUAGUCAAAGCCCUGGAGGGUGGAUUAGAUGCUGUCAAACUAUGGGCAUCCAGAGAUCUUGGGUUGGUUUCUGAUAACGAUUGUGAUGCUUAUGUAUCUAACUUGGUUGAGGAUGGUGAGAUAUUAAAAACUGAAACUGCUCAAGUAAGGGAAAGUUUCUCUCGUUCCUCGAGAGUGGGAGAAAUGGUGAAUAUUAACGCUCCUUGCUCACAUGGACUUUUUUCUUCAGAAGUAUUGCCGUCAGAGUGCCAGCCUAAAUUAAAAGCCCCUCUUGUCGCCGUGGAUACUCAUAACAAGGUCUUAAAUGUAGGAGUUGUCGUGGAAAAAAGAACGAACUCUGAGCAGGACACCUGCAUUGACUUAAAUCUUGAUAUUAUAUCCGAUUAUCCUGCAAGGAAGUCAUUGUGCGAUUCUGAUAGCUCCAAUAACAACAGUAUUCCUGAUGUUGAAACAUUUUCACGAGAGAAAAUUUGUGGAUUCAAUGAAGUAAGCGAACCUGUUCUAAAGAGACUCAAGAGUGAUUGUAGCUCAUCGGUUUCUUGUGAAUAUUCCAUCAAGUAUCAGCAUUCAAUUUCAACGGGUCAUCAGGAUUCUAAUGGCUUUGAGGGCAACAAAUUGUUUGGCAUUGAGCUUCAGUUUCCGCAUAUCAGUGCUGGACAAUCAAAUACCUUACUGAAGGCAGAAACAGUCAACAGCUCAGAUGUAAUUGCAUCUGUGGCUGGCCAAUGUCAUCCGUUGUUGAAUCCUUCUGUUGAACCUAUAAAUUUUGGAUCCAUUAUAUUUGGAAAACUAUGGUGCAGUAGCCAGGCCAUAUUCCCGAAAGGGUUUACAAGCCGUGUCAAGUACUUUAAUGUGCUCAACCCAACAGAGAUUUCUAGCUACAUUUCUGAAGUCUUAAAUAUUGGGCUCCUUGGACCUCUAUUUAAGGUUACCUUAGAAGGCUGUCCUUCCAUAACAUUCUCAAACAUGUCGGCAGACAAAUGUUGGCAAAUGGUGCUUCAGCAACUAAAUCAAGAAAUUCUGAAGAGGAGAAACCUGGGGGAAAGUGGGCUACUUCCUUUGCAAUUGCCGCAGAGCAUCAAUGGGCUCGAAAUGUUUGGAUUUUUUUCACCACCAAUAGUUCAGGCAAUUGAAGCUCUUGAUCCAUAUCAUCAAUGCUUGGAGUACUGGAAUCACAAGACUACUUGUGUUAACAAUGAAGUUAAAAAGUACUCACUUAGAUUGAGUUGCUCAAUUAGCGAAUCAAAAGCAAAACUUUUUGGUGUUGAUUUGAGAACGCAAGAUCAAGAUGAUCCCAGCUACCAUUCUGUUGAUGAAGAAGUAGAGGUAGUUCUAAGAGGACUUUUCAAGAAGGCAAGUCCUGAAGAGUUAAAAAUGAUGCGUAGGAUACUCAGCAGCGAUGCACAAAGUGCCGAAUGCCAAGUAGCAUAUGAAACAUUGACAAAGGAGAUCCGUAAAACAUGUCGAUGAACAGCACAUUUGGAAAAAUAUAUAGUUCUGGUAGUUGAUUCUUAUUGGGAGUAGUUAUUCAGCUUUGAUUAUUGGAAUCUCAUGCUGAUUCUUUUAACGGCCGAUCCAGUUCCUGUUCCAUAUGGCAGUCUGGCACAGGCAGGCAUUGUGAUGAUCAGUAUUUUUUUAGAAGUAGCAAAUGUUGGGAUUUGAACCAACAAUCAAUAACAUCGAAACCAGUUGGCACAAAAUGUUCAACUACACAAAAUAUCAUGCUUUGAAAAGGGAAAAAAGGACGGCUUUAGAAUAA